CCGUGCUGCCCGUUAUCCAUGCAGCGAACUGCUGUCACGUAACUGUCUUGGAAAACUUUGACCCAGUUGGAGCGCAAACAAAAUAGACGAACGCUCAAACAGACGAGCGACGUGGUUAAAACAGAUCGAGAGAUUUCGGGAAAAAGCAACACUUUAUUUUCACUACAAAAAAUGUCUAGAGCAGCGGACAGACUGAAGGUGGUUCUGAGUCAUCUGGACCGUCCGAGAGCGCACGUCGUAGCGUGUUCUACGUCUGCACAGUCGGUGUCAUAUCAUCAGCCUCACACAUUCAGGUACACAUUGGACAAUGAUGUCCUUUCCCCUGAGCAGAGGCUGUCUUAUGAGGAGAAUGGCUUCAUUCUCAUCAAGAACCUGGUGUCUGAGGAGGACAUCGACAAGUUCAGGGCGGAGUUUGAGCGGAUCUGUAGGAGGGAGGUGCAGAUUCCGGGAUUGUUGGUGAUGCGGGACAUAGCCAUCGCGAAGUCAGAGUUUGUCCAGGACGAGAAGGCCGUGUCCAAAUUGCAGGACUUCCAGGAGGACCCCGAGCUGUUCCAUUACUGCUCACUGCCCCAGAUCCUGAAGUAUGUGGAGUGUUUCACUGGACCCAACAUCAUGGCCAUGCACACUAUGCUGAUCAACAAACCACCAGAUGCAGGUAAGAAGACGUCCCGGCACCCCAUGCACCAGGACCUGCACUACUUCCCCUUCCGGCCAGCGGACAGGAUCGUGUGUGCCUGGACCGCCAUGGAGUUGGUGGACCGGCGCAACGGGUGCCUGGUGGUGCUGCCUGGCACGCACCACGGCACGCUGAAGGAGCACGACUACCCCGAGUGGGAGGGCGGGGUGAAUAAAAUGUACCACGGCGUCCGAGACUACAGUCCGGACCAUCCUCGGGUGCACCUGGAGAUGGAGAAAGGCGACACGGUGUUUUUUCACCCUCUGCUAAUCCACGGCUCUGGGAUGAACCAGACCCAGGGGUUUCGCAAGGCCAUUUCCUGCCACUAUGCCAGCGCAGAGUGCUACUACAUCGACGUCAAUGGAACGACGCAGGAGAACAUCGCGAAGGAGGUUAAAGAAAUCACUACGCGGAAGUACGCCAUGGACACCAUCACGUUUCAGGACACGUGGGCACUGAGGGGCCGUCUGGUACAGGGUGAGAGAACAUCACUGUGAACGCGGAAGAGACGCCAUCUCACUGUGAACGACCCCUCGCACAGUGGCAGAGCUAUAGCUGUCGGUCCUUCAUUGGCCGCUCUGAUAGAGGUUGAUUUUAAUUGGCUGCCAAAAGUGUUUUAUUAAUAAGGGCCAAUAAUUCUCAUUUGAGUGGUUUAAUCCUGAUUAGCAUAAUCAAUAGCUGCAGUUAUAUGUGCUGAAAGUGCCUUUUUAAAGGGAGUAAUUACAUUGUCAUUUAGCAGAUGCUUUUAUCCAGAGCAGCUUACAUGGGUUGCAAUUUUUACAU